AGCACCGGCCGGGACGCUUCAUAUUUGCUCAGAGAGAGAGUGAGAGAGGGGAAGCUGCAGCAAUGGCGCCGAAGACACCGAGAGUGUGCAGAAACCCGGAGCUGGUCCGAGGGAUCGGCAAGUACUCGAGGUCAAAGAUGUACCACAAGAAGGGACUGUGGGCCAUCAAGGCCAAGCACGGCGGCCAGUUUCCCCGCCACGACCCUAAGCCGAAACCCGCCGCCGCCGGCGAGAAGCCGCCCAAGUUCUACCCGGCCGAUGACGUGAAGAAGCCGCUCAUUAACAAGCGCAAGCCCAAGCCUACCAAGCUCAGGGCUAGUAUUACACCGGGUACUGUGUUGAUUAUCCUUGCCGGGAGGUUCAAGGGCAAGAGGGUUGUGUUCUUGAAGCAGCUUCCUUCGGGAUUGCUUCUAAUCACUGGUCCUUUCAAAGUUAAUGGUGUUCCUCUCAGAAGGGUGAAUCAGUCCUAUGUGAUUGCAACUUCCACCAAGGUUGACAUCUCCGGGGUUAAUGUUGAGAAGUUUGAUGACAAGUAUUUCGGCAAGAAAGCUGAGAAGAAGAAGAAGAAGGGAGAGGGUGAAUUCUUCGAGGCAGAGAAAGAGGAAAAGAACGUCCUUCCCCAGGAGAAGAAGGAUGAUCAGAAAUCAGUGGACACUCCGUUGAUAACGUCCAUCGAAGGUGUCCCUGAUUUGAAGACCUACUUGGCUGCUAGAUUCUCUCUCAAGGCGGGCAUGAAACCCCACGAACUUGUGUUCUAGACACCAAAAGAUAGUGUUAGGAAUACUUUGCUUCGAAGGGUCGUGCUGAUCAUAUCUUGCGUCUGCACUUCUUAAUCUCACUGGGUAGUAUAAUUCUUGUUUUGCGAAACCCUCCGAGGGAUUUCAUUUUGCCUUUUGUUUCAUGCAUUUUUGGAGUAAUAUUGAUUGUUUUGGUACCAAUGAGAUAUUACAUGAGGUUGCUUCAAUUUUAUGAGCCACGGCAUCUGAUUUUA